AUGCUGCGCAGGUACGUCGAGGAGCUCUCCGACCAGGUCAGCCCGUGCGAGAGCAAGGUUCAGACUCCAGUGCCGCAGAGCUACGUGCGGCACUCGGGCCGGCUGCUGACGGUGUGGCUCGUCGCGCUGCCGCUCCCGAUCUCGUACGAGAUGCAUUGGUGGACCGUCGUGAUCGAGUUCCUCAUCUCGUGGGGUCUGUUCGGCAUCUACGAGAUCGGCCUCAGGCUGGAGGACCCCUUCAACGGCCAGCUCCCUGUGGAGACCUUCAUCAAGACCUCCAAGAAGGAGAUCGACGAGCGCUACCUCGCGCUCAUUGAGAAGAUGCGCCAGCGCUCGGGCUCCCAUGAGCGGCUGGCGGUGUUCGUGGGCCGCUGGGCGCAUCGCUGCGAUUCGAGAUUUUUCCGCGUGCUGCAAAGGGAGCUGCUGAUUGCCGCUGGCCGCAACGACCAGCGCGCCGCUGCCCUGGUGGUGGUCAGGGAAUCUGUGAAAAGGUGGCUCAGUGCGCGGAAGAUGCUGGAAGAAAAGCAUGUUGCGCGGCUGCAGUUGAGCGUGUCGAGACGUCCCGGACUGCCUUUCUAUAUUCGUACGCGCUUUGGAACGGGGGAGUCGAUCACAGCUGCAUGCGUAACUGCGGUUCCACAUUGUUCUGCAGAUGGUUGGAGGUGUGCUCACUCCUCAUGUGCAUGUGCAUGUGCUGAUCACGUGGUCUAUUGUAGAAAGACAUGCGCGCCCGCACUUCCCUCGCAUUGUCUAGCCAUGGCUUCCUCAUCAGAGUGA